GAUUUCUGCUAGAUUUGAGAAUUUUUUGACUGCCAAAGGGAUUUUAAUUUUGAGUUGAGCCCAAGUGUCUACCAGCCUGCAGUGCAGGAAAAAAGGGUCGGGGCUGUUUUCCAUGUGGGAGGAUUUUGCCCAGCUCCGGGAAGAUGGAGUUUUCGGAGGCUCACUGAGCCAUUUUUCCAUCGUCAGCUGGGAGAACUUUUUCCGCCCUUGGAAGUGCAGCAGAAAAGCAAAGAGGCCACUAGGCCUUUGGGAAGUGGCUGCCAUUUUGAAGAGAAGAGUCAGAUGGUUUGUGAACUCAGAUUAAUUGCUGUGUUUUUGGAUUCCAGGUUGAUGCUGGCCCAGGAUGGAUCAGACCUGUGAACUAUCUAGAAGAAAUUGUCUGCUGCCCUUUUCCAAUCCAGUGAAUUUAGAUGCCCCUGAAGACAAGGACAGCCCUUUCGGAUGAUCCAGACUCCAGUACCAGUACAUUAGGAAACAUGCUAGAGUUACCUGGAACUUCAUCAUCAUCUACUUCACAGGAAUUGCCAUUUUGUCAACCCAAGAAAAAGUCUACACCACUGAAGUACGAAGUUGGAGAUCUCAUUUGGGCAAAAUUCAAGAGGCGCCCAUGGUGGCCUUGCAGGAUUUGUUCUGAUCCAUUGGUUAAUACCCACUCAAAAAUGAAAGUUGCCAAUCGGAGGCCCUAUCGUGAGUACUACGUGGAGGCUUUUGGAGACCCUUCUGAAAGAGCCUGGGUGGCUGGAAAAGCAAUCGUCAUGUUUGAAGGCAGGCAUCAAUUUGAAGAACUCCCUGUCCUUAGGAAAAGAGGGAAGCAGAAAGAAAAAGGAUAUAGGCAUAAGGUUCCUCAGAAAAUUUUGAGCAAAUGGGAAGCCAGUGUUGGUCUUGCUGAACAGUAUGAUGUUCCUAAAGGGUCAAGAACGAAAGUGGUGUCACACAGUUCACUUAAUGGAAGUGAAGAAGAUAUGCCAUUUGGUUUAUCAAACGAUCCAAAUCAGAAGCAUGAGUUGUUGCUUAAUGGUGCUUGAAGUCUCCUGGUUUGAUCUGAACAUUCUGCAGAUGAGAAAGAAAAGCCUUGUGCUAAGUCUCGAGCAGAAAAGAACCUGAUACUCCCAAAAAGGACUAGUUUGGAAAAAGGCUCAUGCAAUUUGAAGCACAUUAAUAAGGAAGAACGGAGAGGAAAGAUUACAGAGAACCUUGCUCUAAACUUCAUCUCUGGGGAUGUAUAUGAUAGAGCAAGGCUUCUAAAGAACUUUCCAGGAAUAGCAAACAGCCUCACCGGGUCUAGUAGUGCCCCAGGAAGUUUCCUUUUUUCUUCAUGUGGAAAAACCUCUGCAAAGAAAGAAUUUGAGACUUCAAAUUGUGAUUCUUUAUUGGGGUUGUCUGAGGGUGCCUUGCUCUCUAAACGUUCUGGGGAGAAAAAGAAAGUCCAGACUGGUCUGGUUUGCAGUUCAAAAGUGCAGCUCUGCUAUAUUGGUGCUGGUGAUGAGGAAAAGCGAAGUGAUUCCAUUAGUAUCUGUACCACUUCAGAUGAUGGAAGCAGUGAUCUGGAUCCCUUAGAACACAGCUCAGAGUCUGAUAAUAGUGUCCUUGAAAUUACAGAUGCUUUUGAUAGAACAGAGAAUAUGUUAUCCAUGCAGAAAAAUGAAAAAAUAAAGUAUUCUAGGUAUCCUACAAACACUAGGGUAAAAGAAAAACAGAAAUCCCUCAUUACUAAUUCACAUACAGACCACUUAGUGGAUUGUACUAAGACAGCAGAGCCAGGAACUGAGUCAUCUCAGGUUAAUCUCUCUGAUUUUAAAGUAUCUACUCUUGUCCACAAACCCCAGUCAGAAUUUAGAAAUGAUGGUCUCGCUCCAAAAUUCAACACACCGUCAAGCAUUUCCAGUGAGAACUCACUAGUGAAGGGUGGGGCUACAAAUCAAGCUCUAUUACAUUUGAAAACCAAACAGCCUAAGUUCCGAAAUAUAAAGUGCAAACAUAAAGAAAACCCAGUUGUGGUAGAAUCCCCAGUUACAAAUGAAGACCGUAGUUUGAAAUGUUGCUCUUUAGAUGCCAAAGGCUCUCCUUUGCCUAGCAUUUCUAAAAGUGGGAAAGUAGAUGGGCUAAAACUACUGAACAACAUGCAUGAGAAAACCAGGGACUCAAGUGACAUAGAAACAGCAGUGGUGAAGCAUGUUCUGUCAGAACUGAAGGAACUCUCUUACAGGUCCUUAAGUGAGGAUGUCAGCGACUCUGGAACAUCAAAGCCAUCAAAACCGUUACUUUUUUCUUCUGCUUCCAGUCAGAAUCACAUACCUAUUGAACCAGACUACAAAUUUAGUACAUUGCUAAUGAUGUUGAAAGAUAUGCAUGAUAGUAAGACCAAGGAGCAAAGGUUGAUGACUGCUCAAAACCUGGUUUCUUACCGCAGUCCUGCUCGUGGGGACUGUUCUACCAGUAGUCCUGUAGUAGCAUCUAAAGUUCUGGUUUCAGGAAAUUCCAUUCACAAUUCAGAAAAGAAUGGAGAUGACACUCAGGACUUAGUCCGGCCUAACCCUAGUGAAAGUGACUCUGCAUUAUCUGGGGUGUCUGCCUCCCUACCUGGCUUAGCUCCUGACAGAAGAGACCUUUCUGCUUGUGGCAAAAGUCGAUCAAACUGUGUUACUAGGCGCACCUGUGGCCGAACAAAGCCAUCAUCCAAAUUGCAGGAAGCAAUUUCAGCCGAGAUGGCAAAGAACACAGCAAACCGGAAAGCCUUAAAGACAGAGCGCAAAAGAAAAUUUCACCGGCUUCCAGCUGUGACUCUUGAGGCUACACUGCAGGGAGACAAAGAGAGUGGAGGUUCAGUGAAUGGCCCAUCAAAGGGUGGGGCAGAAACUUCUGGUAAGGAAGAACCUCUUCAAUUAAUGGGCCAUUUAACAAGUGAACAUGCUCAUUUAUCUGAUGUACAUUUUGAUGACAAGGUUGAACAGUCUGACCCUGAUAAAAUUCCUGAAAAAGGACCCCCUUCUGAGACUACAAAAGGCCCAGAGCUGGUCUCUGAAACAAACAGUGAGAAUGAUGAACCCAAUGGUGCAAAUCAAGUGGUGCCUAAAAAGCGGUGGCAGCGAUUAAACCAAAGGCGCACUAAACCUGGAAAGCGCACUAACAGAUUGAGGGAGAAAGAAAACUCUGAGGGUGCCUUUGAGGUCUUGCUUCCUGGUAAUCCUGUGCAGAAGGGGCGAGGUGAUUACACAGACCAUAGAACUCCUUCAACAAACAUACUAGAGGACUCGCUGACAGAGCCAAAUCAUGCCAGCCACUUGGAUUCAGUUGGGCCACGGUUAAAUGUUUGUGAUAAAUCCAAUACCAGCAUGGAAGACAAGGAAAAAGAGCCAGGGAUUCCCAGUUUGAUGCCACAGGCUGAGCUCCCCGAACCAGCUGUGCGGUCAGAGAAGAAACGCCUUAGGAAGCCAAGCAAGUGGCUUCUGGAGUAUACAGAAGAAUAUGAUCAGAUAUUUGCUCCUAAGAAAAAGCAAAAGAAGGUACAGGAACAGGUACACAAGGUAAGUUCCCGCUGUGAAGAGGAAAAUCUUCUAUCCCGAUGUCGAUCUAGUGCUCAAAACAAGCAGGUGGAUGAGAAUUCUUUGAUAUCAACCAAAGAAGAGCCUCCGGUUCUUGAAAGGGAGGCUCCAUUUUUGGAGGGGCCUUUGGCUCAUUCAGAACUUGGAGGUGGACAUGCUGAGUUGCCACAGCUGACCUUGUCUGUGCCUGUGGCUCCAGAAGUCUCCCUGCGUCCUGCCCUUGAGUCUGAGGAAUUGCUUGUUAAAACACCAGGAAAUUAUGAAAGUAAGCGUCAAAGAAAACCAACUAAGAAACUUCUUGAAUCUAAUGAUUUAGACCCAGGAUUUAUGCCUAAGAAGGGGGACAUUGGCCUUUCUAGAAAGUGCUAUGAAGCUGGUCACUUGGGAAAUGGCAUUACUGGCUCAUGUGCUGGAUCUCAUUUGAAAGAGUUUGGAGGCACUACGAAGAUAUUUGAUAAGCCAAGGAAGCGAAAACGGCAAAGGCAUGUUACAGCCAAAGUGCAUUGCAAAAGGGUGAAAAAUGAGGACUCCUCAAAAGAGACUCCAGAGGGAGAACUCAUGACUCACAGGACUGCUGCAAGCCCCAAGGAUACUAUUGAGGAUGGUAUGGAACACGACCCUGGGAUGUCUGCGUCCAAAAAACUGCAGGGUGAACGAGGUGGAGGAGCUGCACUCAAGGAGAAUGUUUGUCAGAACUGUGAGAAACUGGGUGAGCUGCUGUUAUGUGAGGCUCAGUGCUGUGGGGCUUUCCACCUGGAGUGCCUUGGCUUAACUGAGAUGCCAAGAGGAAAAUUUAUCUGCAAUGAAUGUCGCACAGGAAUCCAUACUUGUUUUGUAUGUAAGCAGAGUGGGGAAGAUGUGAAAAGGUGCCUUCUACCCUUGUGUGGAAAGUUUUACCAUGAAGAGUGUGUCCAGAAGUACCCACCAACUGUCAUGCAGAACAAGGGCUUCCGGUGCUCCCUCCAUAUCUGUAUAACCUGCCAUGCUGCUAAUCCAGCCAGCGUUUCUGCAUCCAAAGGUCGUCUGAUGCGCUGUGUCCGUUGCCCUGUGGCAUACCAUGCCAAUGACUUUUGUUUGGCUGCUGGUUCAAAAAUCCUUGCAUCUAAUAGUAUCAUCUGCCCUAAUCACUUUACCCCUAGGCGGGGUUGCCGAAAUCAUGAGCAUGUUAAUGUCAGCUGGUGUUUCGUGUGCUCCGAAGGAGGCAGCCUUCUGUGUUGUGAUUCUUGUCCUGCUGCGUUCCAUCGUGAAUGCCUAAACAUUGAUAUCCCUGAAGGAAAUUGGUAUUGCAAUGACUGUAAGGCAGGCAAAAAGCCACACUACAGGGAGAUUGUCUGGGUAAAGGUUGGACGAUACAGGUGGUGGCCAGCUGAGAUCUGCCAUCCUCGAGCUGUUCCUUCCAACAUUGAUAAAAUGAGACAUGAUGUUGGCGAGUUCCCUGUCCUCUUCUUUGGAUCUAAUGAUUAUCUGUGGACUCAUCAGGCCCGAGUGUUCCCUUACAUGGAAGGGGAUGUGAGCAGCAAGGAUAAAAUGGGCAAAGGAGUGGAUGGGACAUAUAAAAAAGCUCUUCAGGAAGCUGCAGCAAGGUUUGAAGAAUUAAAGGCCCAAAAGGAGCUAAGGCAGCUGCAGGAAGAUCGUAAGAAUGACAAGAAGCCACCCCCUUAUAAACAUAUAAAGGUGAACCGUCCUAUUGGGAGGGUACAGAUUUUUACUGCAGACUUGUCAGAAAUUCCCCGAUGCAAUUGUAAAGCUACUGAUGAGAACCCCUGCGGAAUAGACUCCGAGUGCAUCAACCGUAUGCUGCUCUAUGAGUGCCACCCUACAGUGUGUCCUGCUGGAGGACGCUGUCAGAACCAGUGCUUCAGCAAGCGCCAGUAUCCAGAGGUUGAAAUUUUCCGCACUUUACAGAGAGGCUGGGGUCUACGGACAAAAACAGAUAUUAAAAAGGGUGAAUUUGUGAAUGAGUAUGUGGGUGAGCUGAUAGACGAAGAGGAGUGCAGAGCUCGAAUCCGUUAUGCCCAAGAACAUGAUAUCACUAAUUUCUAUAUGCUCACUCUAGAUAAAGAUCGAAUCAUUGAUGCUGGUCCCAAAGGAAACUUUGCUCGGUUCAUGAAUCAUUGCUGCCAGCCCAAUUGUGAAACACAGAAGUGGUCUGUUAAUGGAGAUACUCGUGUUGGCCUUUUUGCCUUGAGUGACAUUAAAGCAGGCACUGAACUUACCUUCAAUUAUAACCUAGAAUGUCUUGGGAAUGGAAAGACUGUUUGCAAGUGUGGAGCACCAAACUGCAGUGGCUUCUUGGGUGUGAGGCCAAAGAAUCAACCCAUUGCCACAGAAGAAAAGUCAAAGAAAUUCAAGAAGAAACAACAGGGGAAACGCAGGAGCCAGGGCGAAAUCACAAAGGAACGAGAAGACGAAUGUUUCAGCUGUGGGGAUGCUGGUCAGCUCGUCUCCUGCAAGAAACCAGGCUGCCCUAAAGUUUACCAUGCAGACUGUCUCAAUCUGACCAAGCGACCAGCAGGGAAGUGGGAGUGUCCUUGGCAUCAGUGUGAUGUCUGUGGGAAGGAAGCAGCCUCCUUCUGUGAGAUGUGCCCAAGUUCCUUUUGUAAACAACACCGGGAAGGGAUGCUCUUCAUUUCCAAGCUUGAUGGGCGGCUGUCUUGUACUGAGCAUGACCCCUGUGGGCCCAACCCUCUGGAACCUGGGGAGAUUCGUGAGUAUGUACCUCCCCCAGUGCCACUGCCUGCAAGCCCCAAUACUCACCUGGCAGAGCAGUCAUCAGGAACAGCUGCUCAGGGGCCCAAGAUGUCAGAUAAGUCACCUGCUGAUGCCAACCAGACGCUGCCACUUUCCAAAAAAGCUCUGUCAGGGACUUGUCAGAGGUCAUUGCUACCAGAGAGACCUCUGGAGCGAACUGGCUCUAGCUCUCAGCUUUUAGAUAGAGUCAGAGACCUUGCUGUGUCAGGGACCAAAUCUCAAACUAGCCAGAGGCCACUGGACAGGCCACCUGCAGUGGAAGGACCAAGACCUCAGCUAUCUGAUAAAACCUCUCCAGUGACUAGCCCAAGCUCCUCACCCUCAGUCAGGUCCCCACCACUGGAAAGACCUCUGGGCACGACUGACCCAAGGCUGGAUAAAUCCAUAGGUGCUGCCAGCUCAAGGCCUCCAUCACUGGAGAAAACUCAAACCCCAACUGGCCUGAGACUUCCACCACCAGAUAGACUGCUAGUCACCAGCAGUCCCAAACCUCAGACUUCUGACAGACUCCAAGACAAAUCCCAUGCUUCUUUGUCCCAGAGACUUCCACCUCCUGAGAAAGUACUAUCAGCUGUGGUCCAGACCCUGGUAGCUAAGGAAAAAGCGCUGAGGCCUGUGGACCAGAAUACUCAGUCAAAAAGCAGAGCUGCUUUGGUGAUGGAUCUCAUAGACUUAACUCCUCGCCAGAAGGAGCGGACCACUUCUCCUCAUGAGGUUAUACCACAGUCUGAUGAGAAGAUGCCAGUCCUGGAAUCCAGCUCAUGGUCUGCUGGCAAAGGUCUGGGGCACCUGCCACGAGCUGUGGAGAAAGGCAGUGUGUCAGAUCCUCUUCUCCAGCCACCUGGGAAAGCAGCAGCCCCUUCAGAGCACCCUUGGCAAGCUGUUAAAUCACUCACCCAUGCCAGACUUCUUUCUCAGCCUCCUGCCAAGGCUUUUUUAUAUGAGCCAGCAACUCCGGCCUCAGGAAGAGCUCUUGCAGGGGCUGAGCAGACGCCUGGGCCUCCCAGCCAAGCACCAGGCCUGGUGAAGCAGGUGAAGCAGAUGGCCAGAGGCCAGCAACUAUCUGGACUUACCGCCAAGAGUGGGCAGUCCUUCCGGUCUCUUGGCAAGGCCCCAGCCCACCUCCCCACUGAAGAGAAGAAGCUGGUAACCACAGAACAGAGUCCCUGGGGCCUGGGAAAAGCUUCAACGGGGGCAGGGCUCUGGCCCAUAGUGGCUGGACAGACUCUGGCACAAUCUUGCUGGUCUGCUGGGGGUACACAGACAUUGGCACAGACUUGUUGGUCUCUUGGAAGAGGGCAAGACCCCAAACCAGAGCAAAAUACAGUUCAAGCUCUUAACCAGGCUCCUUCCAGUCACAAGUGUGCAGAAUCAGAGCAGAAAUAAUACUAGUAAAUGUUACAUGACCAGACAAGCCGCCCCCAGGGUACCAUUUGGGGAAGGGAAUCUUUCUUUCUUUUUCCCCUUUGAAAAACAGAUCUACCCCAACACCUUUCCACUGUUACUCUUUCCUUAUACUCUUAACACUCAGAAUUCUUGUGACAUUAGCCAGUGUGGGCUUGUGGUUGUAUGGAAAUCCAGUGGGUUCCAGUCAAGGAGACAGACAGACUUGAGUCUCUUUGCCCCAACUUUUACACAUGGUCAAUUUAAAAUAAAAAGUCCACUCUGGA